AAGAAGGAGGAGGAGGAGGAGGACGAAGGGGAGGAGGCGCAUAGGGCGGGUCUGCCGGUGUCUCUUCAGAUGAGUUUGUGAAAUAUUGCUCAAGUGUCGGUUUUGACGCUCGGACGGACAGCGGAUGUGUGAGUAUGUGAUGGACGGGGUUCAUGACGCACGGACUCUGACACUCAGGCUGUGGGCUUGUCCUCCGAGGACACACAGGACUGACUGACAUGUCCCCAACACCGCUAACGUCUCAUUCUUUUUCCCUCUGUUUUCCUGUAAAAGACGGUAAAGCCUGAGCCGAGAGCGGAGCGGGACGGCGGGAGACGACCACGCGCUUUGGACUCCUGUCCUCCGUCCGCUUUGGACUCCUGUCCUCCAUCCUCCGUGACCAGAGGACUGGAUUGUCCGCUGAGGACUGGAUGUCCGUGUCUCCGUCCGCAGACUCAUAUCAGCUCGGUGCUGUUUUCCGCGAUGACUUUCCUCCAUCGGUGCAAGUUAACGGAGUCCCUUUUUACCGCCGUUUAAAUCUGUUCACUACCGGGCACAACUGUGCGCAAACAUGUUCCAGAGCGCGUAGAGAAUCCAGUUCCUACUUCUACUAAAUAACACAGACUUGUGUUGGACCCUGUGAGGGAUCUACACUAGGUGACUGUAAAGCGGCUUUGUGAUCUGAAGGACCGACCAACCGGCUCCGGUGCCCGGUUCAUUUCCUCCCGUUCGUCUCCGGUUCCGUCUGUUAUUUUCAUCUGCAUGAAAAGUCCAGCGGAAAGUGUUGCAGCAGCAUGCCGAGGAGAAAGCAGCAAGCACCGCGGCGGUCAGCAGCAUACGGACCUGAAGAUGAAUUCAAAGUGGACAAGACUGAUGAAGAGGAGCAUCUGCAGGACGAUGGCCUUUCACUAGAUGGUCAAGAUGCAGACUAUCUAUUCAAUGAUGAAGAGGACGGCAGAGAUCACUACAGCUGCCAGAACUCUCCACUCAGCAAUGGCACCAACCCAGAUGCUGGAUACGCCUCUCCACUCAGCAGCACCAGUGAUCAGCUGGUCGACCUCAAGACCAUGUCCUCCUCCAAUGAUCAGGAAAAGGUACAGGAGAAGUUAGGAGAGAAUGAAGAGUUUAUGAACGGCCUCUCAUUACAGGACAGUCUGGCAAAAAUGAAAACUGUCUAUGCAAACCUCAUUUCAGAUGCUUCCUGGUCCAGUAUUGCUCUGGAUGUGCUGAAAAGUAAAAAGGGGAAUAAUUUUACCACUAGCAAUGGCAAUGGGAGCAAUCACAAAGGGAGUAAUGGGUUCCUGAACAGUCACAGCCAGGGCAACAUCCAUGUGAAGAACAGAUGUAGCACUAGUAAUGCCUCGGCAUCCACUAAUGUCACCACCAGCAGUACCACUACAAGAACAAUGUCAAGCAACAGCAACAGCGGCACCAAUGUAAGCUCCAGCAACACUGGAGGCUUAGCCUAUGAUUGGCACCAGGCAGCAUUAGCCAAAACGCUACAGCACACUCCAUACCAACUCCUCCCUGAACCUAGCCUUUUCAGCACCGUGCAGCUCUACAGGCAGAACAAUAAGCUCUAUGGUCCUGUAUUUACAGGUGCCAGCAAGUUCAGGUGUAAGGACUGUAGUGCAGCCUAUGACACUUUGGUUGGUCUGACGGUUCAUAUGAAUGAAACUGGCCACUAUCGUGAUGACAAUAAAGAUUCUGAGGAUGAUCGAGGUAAAAAGUGGUCCAAGCCACGCAAACGUUCUCUUUUGGAAAUGGAAGGAAAGGAAGAUGCCCAAAAAGUUCUCAAAUGUAUGUACUGUGGCCAUUCUUUUGAAUCCCUGCAAGAUCUUAGUGUUCACAUGAUCAAAACAAAACACUAUCAGAAAGUGCCUCUGAAAGAACCGAUGCCAGCCCUCACCACGAAGCUGGUGCCUCCAACCAAAAAAAGAGCGUUUCAAGACUUGAUGUCACCAAGCUCCCCAGAAUCUGUGUCAUCUGGCAUACUUCUGGGCGAGACACCCAAAGACCAAAAACUGGCCAAUCCCUAUGUCACCCCGAACAAUCGAUAUGGCUACCAAAAUGGUGCCAGUUAUACUUGGCAAUUUGAGGCACGUAAGGCACAAAUUCUCAAAUGUAUGGAGUGUGGGAGCUCACAUGACACCUUGCAGCAACUGACAGCUCAUAUGAUGGUCACAGGACACUUUCUGAAAGUCACCAAUUCAGCCUCUAAAAAAGGCAAACAGUUAGUUUUUGAUCCUGUCAUUGAGGAAAAAAUCCAGUCCAUCCCUUUACCACCAACCACCACAAGACUCCCAGCUCCCAAUGGAAAGUCGCAACCUGACUCCCCAUUGCCACCUGCUAGUCCUGAGGAGAAAAAAGAAGAAAUGAAUGAUAGUGAUGUGGAGGAUGAGAAGACAGAAACAAAAGAACCGGAGAAAAAAAUAAAAGAGGAGAAAGAAGAUUCCCCAGAAAAGACUGAUAAACCUGAAAAGACAAGAUCAUACCAAUAUUUGAGAGAGGAGGACUUAGAAGAGACACCUAAAGGUGGCUUGGAUAUUCUUAAAUCUUUGGAGAACACAGUUUCAAGUGCAAUCAGCAAGGCCCAAACAGGCACACCAACCUGGGGUGGGUACCCAAGCAUUCAUGCUGCUUAUCAACUGCAUGGAUCUUUGAAGUCUACCUUGCCUCCAUGUGCACAGGUUCAGCCUUUAUUCAGCAACAACAGUUUAAAGGUACUGUCGUCUGAUUUGGGAACUCUAAUCCACUCACCAAAUAGCCCCUCUCCACCUCCAAAUCACAAGAGUAAUGUGCUGGCCAUGGAGGAGCUAGUGGAAAAGGUGACAGGAAAAACUUCAGUGAACAACGAAAAAGAAGAAAACCUCUCUAAAGCAGUCACAAGCACUGCUGUGGAAGACCAUUUAAGGAGCAAAGAAGAGGAGCAGAUAGACUGUAAAACAGAUACCCAGAUAAAGAGUGAUGUUGAGUCACCAAAAAAACCUGUAUGCAAUGGCUGCAAUAACCUGAGCAUCAUCACUGACCACUCAGCGGAGCAGCCGCUGGUCAGCCCUCUCAGCGCUUUGCAGUCUGUCAUGAAUAACCACUUAGGGAAAGCUGCUACAGUUGUAACCCCAUUCAUAGAUCCGUUUGCAACACUUUAUAAGAUAAACAGCAACUCUGCUCAAAUUAAACAAGUAGAUCCUGUUAGUCAGUAUCAGGAUGAUGACGAUCAACCCAUAGAUUUGACCAAAUCAAAAAGCACCAAUGAAAGUGCAGCAAAGCAUACCUCUUCUGUUCCAAACAACAAUAGUGUGAACAACAAGCCCACUUUCAAAAAUUUCUCCCAGUCUUCAUCUCCACCACUACGAGAGAAUGCACUGAUGGAUAUAUCGGACAUGGUCAAAAAUCUGACUGGCCGUUUGACACCAAAGUCUACCACCCCAUCUUCAAUGUCUGAGAAGUCAGAUGUUGACGGCUGUACUUUUGAGGAGGGCUUGGAGGAGCUGUCUCCCAUCCAAAGACGCAAAGGCCGACAGUCAAACUGGAAUCCCCAGCACCUCCUUAUUCUCCAGGCCCAAUUUGCUUCUAGUCUCAGGGAGACUCCUGAAGGAAAGUUUGUAAUUAGUGACUUAGGGCCCCAGGAACGGGUCCAUAUCUGUAAAUUCACUGGUCUCUCCAUGACUACUAUCUCACAUUGGCUGGCCAAUGUAAAAUACCAAUUAAAACGGACAGGGGGCACAAAGUUCCUAAAAAACAUUGAUUCCAGCCAACCUUUGUUUUUGUGUAGUGACUGUGCUUCUCAGUUUAGGACUCCCUCUUCCUACAUUCACCAUCUGGAGACCCACCUUGGUUUUACUUUAAAGGACCUUUCCAAACUUUCCAUAGAUACAAUAGAGCAGCAAGCAGUAAGCCGAGUUGAGGACAAGACUUUUAGUUCCUCUGGACUUACAGAAGAAGACACUGGCUCAGUGUUUCAGUGCAAACUGUGCAAUCGGACCUUUGUGAGCAAACAUGCAAUCAAACUGCACCUUUGCAAAACACAUGGAAAGUCACCAGAGGACCAUCUUAUCUUUGUAAAAGAGAUGGAAAAGUUUGAUAAACAGUGAAGUGAGAAAAAGCUCAUAGCAUGACAGACUACUGUUGCACUAUAACUCUAAGCUACAAUCUGUCAUUACAGGUAGUGCCACAGCAUAUUCAGCAUUUUUGCAACCACACAGAGACUUUAUUAGAACGGAGCUAUGGUAGCUUUAAUACCACAUUCUGUAAGUAGUCUGUUUUUCACAAUGGUAGGAGCUUUCACUGCAACAGCUCAAACCUUUUUAAAAGUUUCUUCUUCUUCUUCUUCUUCUUCUUCUUCUUCUUCUUCUUCUUCUUCUUCUUCGUCUUCUUCCUCUUCCUCUUCUUCUUCUUGGUGACCUGAAAACACCAAAUGUAAGUAGGUGCAGCAGCCAUGGCACUAUGUAGUCACUGACUGAUUGUUGCUUUCUCAAUGCACUGCGUCUUACCUGAGCCUUGGGGAAUAGUCCAUCUGU